AUGGGCGGGGUUGAUACCGGACUUGCUCCAGUAAGAUGGAACCGAGUGGGGCAUGUUCCUCUUGCUGGUGUGGAAGGUGGAAGGCGUCAGGAAGGCGCUCAGUGGACAGUCAUUGGAGGACUGCAAAAUGGCGAAGGAAAAACGGUUGGAUGCGCCGCAAAUCUGUGGCUGGUGAGGUCGGAACGGUUGCAGCUGAUUGGCCAAGGUGACCUGAACCUGACCCAUUAUCCGACCCGCCCACCUCUGGGUGGCUCGGUAUAUUUUGCAACGACACUCUUACAGUCCAAAAAACCUUUUUCUCGCUACUGCGGACGAUACGGCACAUUCGCAGCCCUCGACUCACCCGGAUUCCCUCCCCUGUUCGCCGACUCUUCUUUUGGCGCUCAGUAA